AUGGUUUAUACAAGGUCGAUGAUGAAGCAGAAGAAGAGUGCGGAGGCAAAAACAAAUAACCAAACUUGGUUAAACCUUCCUUUUGAUCUCACGUUACUGAUAAUGCAACGCAUGUCGUUGAAAGACAACAUUCGUGCUUCUGUUGUGUGCAAGACAUGGCACAAGGCUUCAGUUUCGGUCCGGGUUGAAGACCCAACACCAUGGGCUAUGUUCAUCCCUAUAUACAAAGAUCAAUAUCAGCUUUACGAUCCAUCACGGGGUAAGACACAUAUUGUUAAGUUUCCUAAGAUAGGCGGUUUAGAGAUAUGUUAUUCCAGAGAUGGUUGGUUACUCAUGCACGAAGAAAGAAGUUUCAAAGAUUACUUGUUUUUCAAUCCGUUUACACAUGAGCGCAUUGAAGUGGCUUGGCCUAGAAUGUGGUUCAUCAGUGAUGCAAUAGCUUUCUCAUGUGCUCCUACAUCGAGUAGUUGUGUGUUAGUCUCGGUCAGUGAUAUCUCCAAGACAUUCAUUUGUAUCAAAACAUAUCGCCCCACCACUAAAAAGUGGACUACUUUGACUUUACCGAAUCAGUUGCCCCUUACGCACAAAGGUUUCCGACAUAUAGUUUUCUCCAAUGGAGUCUUCUAUUGUCUCACCAAGAUUGGUUGCUUAGGGAUGUUCGAUCUCUAUACGAAUUCAUGGAACGUUCUUCUUGAACCGCCUCCGAAGUUCUUUGAAAUUAGUGAUGAUCAAUGUUUCAUGACAGAGUACCAAGGAGAUGUCUACCUUGUAUACUCGCACGGCCCCAACAGAAAACCGACGUUUCUCAAGCUAGAUCUUACAAACCGGAAAUGGACGGUGAAAAGAAGAUUGCCUGGUUUGACGUUUUACUUAGGCUUCCAGUCUGCUGUGACGACGAAUAGAGACUUCGUGGAUACCCAAAGGCUGAAUGUACGUAGCUUGUCUAAUGUCUGGAUAAAGCCACCCAUAAACGUUUCUAAUUUGUUCAAAUCUUAA